UCAUGGAGGGACUUUUCUAAAGAGGAUCCUACUUAAAUCAAAACUUUAGACUCCUCUUUUUUUCUACCCCCCUCCUAUUUUUUGUAAUUUUACCAUCUUCUUAGUCGGUCUCUUUUUCCACCAAAAUGGCCGAGAGGAUUGGACCAGCAGGGCUCAAGCCCGCCAACAUCCGAAUCGCUCCCUCCCUGCCCCCCGAACCCAUCGACAUCAUCCGCACCAAAGCCCGCUCCCGCAGAGUCCGCCUUAAUGUAGGGGGGCUGAACCAUGAAGUCUUAUGGCGGACACUGGACCGACUACCCAGGACCCGGCUGGGCAAGCUCCGAGACUGCAACACCCACGAGUCCCUGAUGGAAGUCUGCGAUGACUACAGCCUGAACGAAAAUGAGUACUUCUUCGAUCGUCACCCGGGGGCCUUCACCUCCAUUCUGAACUUUUACCGCACAGGGAAGUUACACAUGAUGGAGGAGAUGUGCGCCCUUUCGUUUGGCCAGGAGUUAGACUACUGGGGGAUUGACGAGAUCUACCUGGAGUCCUGUUGCCAGGCCCGCUACCACCAGAAAAAGGAGCAGAUGAACGAGGAGCUGCGGAGGGAGGCCGAGACGAUGAGGGAGAGGGAAGGCGAGGGAGAGUUUGAUAACACCUGCUGCCCAGACAAGAGGAAGAAGCUGUGGGAUCUCCUGGAGAAGCCCAGCUCCUCCGUGGCUGCCAAGAUCCUGGCCAUCAUCUCGAUCCUGUUCAUUGUCCUCUCCACCAUCGCUCUGUCUCUCAACACCUUACCAGAGCUCCAGGUCCUAGAUGAGUUUGGCAAUGCCAACGACAACCCCCAGCUGGCCCACGUGGAGGCUGUGUGUAUUGCCUGGUUCACCAUGGAGUACCUCCUUCGCUUCCUCUCCUCUCCUAAUAAGUGGAAGUUCUUCAAAGGCCCACUGAAUGUGAUUGACUUGUUGGCCAUUCUGCCAUACUAUGUCACAAUCUUCCUAACAGAGUCCAACAAGAGCGUACUACAGUUCCAAAACGUGCGCCGUGUGGUGCAGAUAUUCAGGAUCAUGAGAAUAUUGAGGAUCCUGAAGUUGGCCAGGCACUCCACAGGACUCCAGUCUCUAGGGUUUACUUUGAGAAGGAGUUACAAUGAACUGGGGCUGCUUAUUUUAUUUCUCGCCAUGGGCAUCAUGAUAUUUUCCAGCUUGGUGUUCUUUGCUGAGAAAGAUGAAGAUGCCACUAAAUUCACCAGUAUCCCCGCCUCGUUCUGGUGGGCUACCAUUACCAUGACUACGGUGGGCUAUGGGGACAUUUACCCACAGACUUUACUGGGGAAAAUUGUGGGUGGGCUCUGCUGCAUUGCUGGAGUGCUGGUCAUUGCCCUGCCCAUCCCCAUUAUUGUCAACAACUUCUCUGAGUUCUACAAGGAGCAGAAGAGGCAGGAGAAGGCCAUCAAGAGGAGGGAGGCGCUGGAGAGAGCGAAGAGGAAUGGCAGCAUUGUGUCAAUGAACUUAAAAGAUGCCUUUGCCCGCAGUAUGGAACUGAUGGACGUGGUGGUAGAGAAAGGAGAGGAAAAAUCCUCUAUGGACAACCACCUUACGCCAAGCCGUUGGGGUGGCAUAGGAAAGCACUCCUCAGAGACAAACCUGAGAUCCCCAGAUAAAAGAAACCCAGAGUCUCUGCUGCAAAGCUCCCCCCAACGUAUAGCCAUCAACACCAUGGGGAGCCCGCUGCGGACAAGUAGAACCCCACAGCACCUUAGUGCUCAAAAACUGGAGGAGAUGUACAACCAGAUGACCAAGUCACAGUCUUUCACCAACCUCAACACUACAAGCUCCAUGAGCACUCUGAGCACAACUGUGACCGGCCCUGGCUCGCCUAAGAAAUCACAAAGCUCUGAAUUUACGUUAAAAGAGGAAGUAGAACUGGAGAUGAAGGAGGUACAACCCUCCUUGCCAGAUCACUUGGCAAGCUGCUCCACAGACUUUAGAAGAAAGAGCGCAGACUCGGGUGAGGCAGAUGCUGCGCCUGGUCAAAACAGACACCCCAGGGCACCACCCAAUUUGGAUCUUAGCUUUCUGGGAACCAUUGAUGAACAAAGCUCUCCAGGCAUUAAACUCAAAGAUGAAUCCAGAGAUGGAUCAGGGCUCCAGAUAGAGGAGGGGGAGAGCUUCAACAGUGCUGUGGAGAACAUCCCAAGCUCUCCAAGAGGGAAUAACCCUCUGAAAAUAAAAGAGUUGAAGGCCAACUUCACCAGAACCUCUGCUGAAGGCCCACUAACACCACCCAGCACUACCUCUCCUGGAGACAUCAGCUCAAGCAUCCUGGAAGACGAAUCGCCGGAGGGAGAGACGUCACCACUUAUCCCAAUGGCAGAAGAGCUGUUUCCAAUUUCAGAGGAGGACCCCGGUUCAUUGUCCCCAAAGAGGUUGGUUGUGGACACCCCACCUGGCGAUGAUGAUCCAUCCUCAGAGAACCAUGACGAGAAGCAUCUGAUGGAGGUGGCAGGUGCUGCAGGUGCUCCGUUAUCGCCGAAAACAGCUGCACAAAAUUGCACCCAAGGUGUGGUUGGUGCGGGGGAGGACGUCAAGGCUGACAGCAACCAAAGUGGACACAAAGUGGAGAACCACAUGUUUACAACAGAUAUCCACCUGAUACCUGGGGAAGGCAGUCUCUCUCCGACCGUUGAAACCAGCAUGUGACUGUGAGAGAAGCUGUGCGGGGACUGUAGACCCACUGCAACCUAAUCCAGAGUGUGGGAGAGCAGGAAGAAACAUCAAGGGUGCAGUUGUAGUGACAGAAAUUUUUGCAUGGCAUGACAAGUCCCUUUUACUUGUGUUGUUGUGUAUUGCUGAAAAAGAAACUGCAGUGCUUCAUGCAGAUUUGAGAACGACUUUGGGACAAACAGUGGUCUCAGAGAGGAGGCUCUCGAGGGAAUUCAUCAACUUGCGUAGACAUUUUGGUCCUCCAAAUGUACAUAAAGACAGUCUCCUUUUUCUAGCAAAUGAAGGAAAUGCACAGAGGGACUUAUCUGUAUAAAGCAUGCAUUUAAAAACAGACAGAUAUUUUACGGUGCUUAGUUUGCUGAAAGCGCUCCACUGUAAAUACUAGGACAUCUAAGGCAAUGACAAUGCACAGGAUGGUAAAGGAAUACUCUCUGAAGGUUCAAAUAUUUGCAAUGUGAAAGGGACUGGGUGGGGGUGUUGAAGUGUGAGCCCUCAAACUGGGUGUUGCAUUGUAGCGACCUAUAAAAAAAACAUAUCAUUACCUUUUGUGGAAAUGCAAAGUGUCCCCAUGACAACCCUGUAAUGUUUUUUCGUGUGAAAAAUGGUGUACGAAACUGUAACGUUGACAUUAUUGCUUUUGGUUUCCAUAAUGACUGUUGAACUAUUAGUUGAGCAUCCAAUGUUCAGUCUUUGAAUCAACAACAGUGGGAAAGAAGGACAAAACACCAUAAUUCCUCUGAAUACAUGUAGUUGCCAAAUAUGUAUGUAACCAGUAAGGACAGGAACUAUCCGAUUCUGCCGCUACUACAAGAAACUUAUCACGCAGUGUCAGAAGUUAGGACAAAUUUAAGAUGACUAGUUCCCUGUUCAGCCUUUUGAUUCCAUCCAAAUCACAGAAAUAAACCUUAUUUAUUCUCUGACAUAAGAUAUAUAUAUAUAUAUAUACAUUAAAGUAGCUCCAAGAAUAAAUUAAGAAUUAAGUAGGUCUAGACUGGUUGUAGAAAAGUUCUUCUGUAGGUAAGUGAGAUUCCAUAAAACAGAGUAAAGACUAUUUAUCAAUUCAGCACAGUAGUUCUGACCAUCAAUACACCUGUAUGCUUUAAACUAUAAUUAUCUAUUUUGGCAACUGAAAAGGGUUAGACUACCACAAAAAGAUGACAAUAUUCCUGGAGGAUCAAUGGACCAAAUCAAGCACAGUGACAAGCUUUUAUCUAUCUCAGCUGCAUAGAAACAUAUACAGUGAUGACGUGUUCUAAGAGUAGUUUUCUCUUUAUGUUUUAGUUUCUUUUUCUACCUGCAUUGUGUUCAUUGUCCUUUCCUCAGCGCCCUGAUGUCUUUGUUGAGAUCUGUUCCCAACAACUGCAAGUUUUAUCCGAUCCUGCUGAUGAGUUUAAGGCAUUCUUUUGUAUAUCCGUAGUGUCUUGAUAUGUAAUUUAUUGUGUUUAAUUGUGAACAAAACUGUUUUCAGUCAAACUUAAACCCAAAGGAGAUUUUUUUCUUGUCUUCUUUCUCGCUUUUUUUUUUUGUUUUUACACUGACUGAAAAUAUCUGUUUUAUGUUGCCUUUGAUUCCAAUGUUAAAGCUGGAAUACUUGUCUAUUGUUUCAGCAUGACACUUGGCUGAGUGUACUAGAGUUGUGUUUGUGAAAGCCGCACAACCCUGAAUGGUACAGACCGGAAGAAAGUGGGUGAAUUCUGUGUUGUUUGUUUCUUUUCUUUUCUUUUUCAUGUCGUUAUGUUCUUACAGAGAGGUGUGGAAUGUGCAAUACCGCAUACUGCAAAUCUAUGCAGGCCAAGAAUUGUGGCACUUUAUUUUCUGUCUAUGGGAUUUGUAAGUGUACAGGCAGAAAUUACUUGUAUUUUUCAAAUGUUAUAUCUUUAAUAUGAGGCAAAACAGUAUUACAACUACCAGAAUCUCACAAACAAUGCAACUGAGAAUUUAAAUUUUACUUUUUCAUAUCUAUGGCUGGCAUAUGCUGUCAAGCACCUUAAUGCCGGAUAUUAAUGGACCUCAAAAUUGAUUCUGAGUGGGAGGGGGCAUCCAAAUUGACCACUUUUGGCCUUUUGUAUUGCUGUUAGAUUUACAUUUAAAAAUCUGACAAAUGUCUGUGGGGAAAUGUUCAAAUAAUCUAAUUUCAAUGGCCACACACAAGGAUUUUAUGUUUUUUGUGAAUUAACGUUGAGAAUGAUUCUAUUUUUUCUAAACCAAAAUGGAGCAUGACCACAAUUUCCUGCCAUAUGGUGGUUGAAAUGAUGCGUGCCUUUUCAUAACACUGCAGUUUAUGAGAAGGUAGCGAGUCAUUUUGCUUUGUUCAUAUAGCACUGUACAGAAAAUUCUAAUUUUAUAGGAGAAAUCAGGUCUUUAUGUAAUAGAUACAAGUAAUGUUAUUGAGUUCUCAGGUUUUCUAUAACUCUCUGAUGUUCUGAUUGGAUAGAUUCUCUGUUUUUUCUUUAACAGCUCAAUGUCAACUAGUAACUUCUGUACUUUUUGAAAGGUGAUGUUGUCAAAUCCACAUUGAUGUCUUGGCUCCUGGAGCAAGGAGCGGCAAUAUUUCUCCCUCCUCCUUGGUAAUCUGUGUAACACAUCCAGUGUCCACCCCCAUCAGUGUUCAGUGAGGCAGGAAGCAGCACAAACAGAGAGACAGAAACAAGUUAGAGUUGAAAACGCUGAGAAAACGAGGAGAAGUGUGCGUGUCUAAUUUACCGCAGACUGGUAGGAAGAGAUCCCUGAACUGAUACAUCUGAUUAUUUCCCAUGCUGACAGCAUUGAGUGCUCCAAUCCCUACAGCUUCAGAGGCUCUAACCCCAUGGCAUGCCCUCAGGAACAGCGAUCAAUGGAUUGAAGGAAGGCCAGGUUAAUGGAAGGUGAUCAGAGUACAGAGGGAGAGGUUAGGUUGAGUCCUUCCAUAUGGUAACAUCACAUCAGUUGUGCUUCAUAUUUCCUUUUCGUUGUGUACAUACUGUAAGCCCAGAUUAACAUAAUUGAACUCAGAGAUUCAUGUGAGAGCUCUUUUGAAAUUAUUGAUCCCUCAUUGGACAGACAGAUUCUUUGGUACUCCUCCAAAGUAAACGCAGGAUCAGCGGUGGUUGUUGUUAUUCGGGGUAUUCAUUUGGAAGCAACAUGACAACAGUUUUUUUCUGUACCUAAUUUAAUGUUUUUUCCUUCAUCCCUUGUUUUCUAGUAACCAUGUGUUAGCCUCGAGUAAUCCUUCAUUUUGACAGGUAGGGUUGACGGAACGAGGGAUUUGGAUUGAUCAGCUAUAUUCCCCUGGGAUGAUGUUUGUGUGGAUACCUAAAUGAAUUCUGUGAGCUGGCAGCAAAUGAACUGUGCUGUCUUACUGUCUCACAAUGGCAUUAUCAUCUGUGAUGCCGUACAGAGUGGAAGGUUGUGUCUUUAUUUUCUCUGAGAGAAUGGGUAUUGUCCAUGUGGCUCAUGCGUGCUUACUAAACCCUGCUCCCUAAAAUGCAUAACGCAUCGUUUCCUCUUAUUUAUAUGUAUUCUGCCUCCUACAUUUUUUGAGUCGUCUUUUUUUUUCAGCUUUGGAGAACAUAAUCAUUAGACACACUCUGAGCUACAGACUGUUUCUGUACAAAGCGACAUCUUUGUAUGCAUGUAGUAGUCCGAACAAUUAUGUGACCACAGAACACUUUGUUAUGGUACAUGUAUGUCAACAUUUCUGUAGAGCAUUGUUCCCCAUUACGUCUAUUAGCAUAUGCAGAAUAACAAAUAAAUGUGUAUAUAACUC